AUGCCAGUUCAACAAACCGUGAACAGCGGCGUGCAUAGUGCUGCACAUCUCGGACAAGGGGUGUACAAGAAGGGCACAGGCUUUUUGCAAGACUUUAGGGACUUUAUCAACAAAGGUAAUGCCUUUGACCUGGCUGUCGCCUUCAUUCUGUCUGCUGCCAUUGCAGCGGUCGUCAAGUCUCUGGUCGAGGAUAUUAUUACGCCGUUGUUUGGUCUGGCAAACAACCGAAACUUGGACGAGACGUUUGUUGUCCUCCGGUGUGGACAAACAUGCUCGUACCCCACCCGCGCUCAAGCACAACAGGAUGGAGCUGUUACGUGGAACUGGGGUCGGUUUAUUAACACGAUCAUCUACCUGAUUUUGAUCGGAUUGUUCCUCUUUAUCAUCGUCAAACUUUACUACAGUGCAAGGCGCAAGGAACUGAUCAAAGACAAGGCAUGCCCUUACUGCUGCAAGGACGUCAACGGCUCAGCAGCUCGUUGCCCAUUCUGCACCUGCUGGCUCGAGAACGACAUCCGCCGUAAAGUCGAGAGCGAGUACGUUGAUUCCAAGUCAUCUUCCUUUCCGAGUAGAGAGAGAAGCUUGUCGACGACUACUUUGGGCACUUCGAAUGGGGUCUUCAAAGAGAAGAGGUCGAUGGAUGUCAUGAACAACAAUAGCAACAGCGGCGAUCACCUCCACGAAAGCCACAACAACAACAAUGAUACUACCAAAAUGAUGACGGGUGCAGGAGUUGUAACUGGAGCUAUGGGCAGUGGAGGAGCCGUGUACAACGAUUCGAUCAACAAUGCAAACAGCGGUAUUAAUAUGAACAGUAUGAACAAUGGAUACAUGAGUAACCAGAACAACUUGUACACUAACCCAUUGCCCGGUCAGAGGCAGGACUGGUAUGAUGGUAUGGGGGUCCCGACGCAGCAGCAAGGCCUUGGAUAUGAUGGUAUGGGAGUUGACCAGUUUGGUCGCGGUGGUGUUUGA